AUGUCCGGUUGGGAGACUGGCAGCCCACCCGAGGUCGGGGGAGAUGCAUUUGCCUGUGGCAACUGUGGUGACUCGGGCCAUAUGACCCGCCAAUGCCCUAACGAUGGUACUGCUCUGAAGUCCAUGGGAACAAACGACACCUUUGGCGAUCUCAUUGAUUACGGCGGCUCAAGCGAGAAUCGUGCUUGCUUCACCUGUGGCCAGGAAGGCCACAACAAGGCAACAUGCCCCGAGUCCCGUCAAAGUAUGGGAGCUUGCUUCAACUGUGGCCAGGAGGGACACUCCAAGGUUAACUGUCCCAACCCCCGUAUCUUCACUGGUACAUGCCGCAUCUGUGAGAAGGAGGGCCACCCUGCUGCUGAGUGCCCCGAUCGUGCUCCGGAUGUUUGCAAGAAUUGCUGCCUCGAAGGCCACAAGACCAUUGAUUGCAAGGGUAACCGCAAGUUUGACUUGAACAUCGUUGCCGAUAUGCUUCCUGGGGAGGCCUGGGCUCGCAUGAAGGCUGCUAGCGACGAGAAGGAUCUUGAGGACUUCCGUGAUGCUCUCAAGAUUUAUUCCAAGGCCGUUCCUGAUGCCACCUUUUCCGAUAUUGAGAACAAGAUGCGUGAAGAGGGAUUCAACAUCUUCAUCAUUGGCUUGCAAACCGAAGUCGACGAUGUGAUGACCCUGAUUGAUCUUCAAGGGGUUCUGGACCGGGAGUUCCAAGUGGGCUUUUACUACAGCCCCAAGGCUUCGCGUGGUCGUCUUCGUGACCGUUGGCCUGAGUCCCCCGAAGAGAAUAUUGAACGUCUUGCCAAUGCUGGUUUGCCCUUCGAACGCAAGAUUCCCAGAUGCCACAACUGUGAAGAAAUGGGCCACAUCGCCAAGUACUGCAAGGCCGAGCGCGUUGAGAACCCUGACCGCGUUGAAAUCAAGUGCAGCAACUGUGAGGAGGUUGGCCACCGUGUCCGUGACUGUACCCAGAAGCGCAAGCACAGGCAUGGAUGUCGCAACUGCGGUGCCGGCGAUCACCAGGCUGCCGACUGCCCCGAGCCUCGAUCUGCCGAAACUGUUGAAUGCCGCAAGUGCAACCAAGUCGGCCACUUUGCAAAGGACUGCCCCACUGGUGGAGGCGCUCGUACUUGUCACAACUGCGGUUCGGAGGAUCAUCAGGCGCGUGAAUGUACCGAGCCCCGUAAUCCUUCUACUAUCACUUGCCGCAACUGUAACCAAGUCGGCCACUUCUCUCGUGACUGUGACCAGCCAAAGGACUGGUCCAAGGUUCAGUGCAACAACUGUGGAGAGAUGGGACACACCAUCCGUCGCUGCACCCAGGCUCCCCGGGCAUCUGGAGACGAUGAUUAUGCUCACCACUCGCCCUCUGGUACUCCAGUCCCCGGUGACUUUGUCGACCAAAGCGCCGAUAUUUCCAACUUCGACGCCGAGCCUUCGCGGGCCACGGACUACGGCUGGUAG